AUGUAUCACAAAUUAUUAAACAAACUAGUUAGAAUACUGAGAUAUAAUGGAAUUUGGCCAGUAGAAUCAACAGUCAGAAGUUACAAAUUAUUAAAUUUAAUUUUCCGUUUAUUUAAUCUCAGCAUAAUUGUAAUAAUGAUGUUGCUUACAAUAGCCGAUGCAAUUGCUAAUUUCAACGAUAUAUCACUUAUUACAGAUAAUUUAUGUUUUUUUGUCGGAUGCUCUGAAGCAUUAACAAAGGGAGUCAAAUAUUGCAUUGAGUACAAAAAUAUUGUGAAAUUGAUAAACGAUAUUUAUGGACCGAUUGACAUAAUUAAUCAAAAAAAUAAUACCGAAGUUAUGAAAGGGAUUAAUGAGACCGCACGUUUUGAAAAUCGCCAAUUUUCUAUAAUAUUUGGAAUUGUUUCACUAUUAAUUGUAGCACGGGUUUUUGGCGCUGAUUUCAAAAACAAAGAAUUUCCAAUGCGUGCUUCGUUUCCAUUUGACGCAACAGUUUCACCUUAUUAUCACUUAAUAUAUUUAUUAAUAUCUUAUGGUAUUUUACUUGUCGACUACACACUACUUGGAGUUGACUUGAUGGUCGUGGUAAUAAUGAGAUAUUUAACUAUUCAAGUCGACAUAUUGAGAGCUAAUUGCAGGCAUUGUGACAUUAAAUUAACUAAACGCAACAUUGUAAUUAACAAUUAUGAUGAUAGCAAUAAUGAAAGCACAAAGAUUCGAAAUUUCGUUGAGUUUGAAAUAGAACACGAGGAUAUUGAUAAGAAAGAUACUUUUGAAGAAAGGUUAAAAAGAUGUAUUAUACACCAUCAGAAAGUAAUUCAUAUGUUGAAUAGACUCAAUGACUGCUUUAGUUUCUGUGUAGUUGUUCAAAUUUUGGGCACCACUGUACUAUUAUGUUUGAACGGAUUUCAAAUUAUAAUGGGGAAUGAUAUUCAUCUAUUAAUGAGAAGAAUUCUGGCAAGUAUGGCAGCUUUAUUGCAACUAUUAUUAUGGUGUUGGUAUGGAAAUAAACUGAGUGCUGCAGCAGAUUCAUUGACGAUUAAUCUGUGGAUGUGCGGUUGGGAAGACAAUUACAAACAUGGAUUACGUAAUUUUAUGUCGAUACCAAUGACACUGUCAUUACAGACAUUAGAACUACGAGCAAUUGGGGUUGUUCCUCUAUCACUUCAAACAUUUGUUUCAGCUAUCAAAACGUCGUACUCAGUAUUGGUGCUUCUACUUACCGUAGCCAAGGAGCAGUAAUCCGCUGACAUAAUUUAAAACAAUUGUUGAUACUAGUUGUAUGUUGUUCGGUGCAAAAAUACCAUAAUAGUUGUCAAUGGGUCAGUAUUUUUUCAGUUUUAAGUCCACCAAGUAUCGGAAAAUGAAGUUUGAUUUUUCU